GCAGCAAGCAGCAAGCAGCGACAAUCGAUUCGACUCACCUCCACCAGAGCGUGUGGUGUGAUAUCCUAGUCUGUCUUCAAGCCGCGCAAGAUAGACACGAGUCGCAAAUAUGGCCGUUGGAAAGAACAAGCGCUUGUCGAAGGGCAAGAAGGGUGUUAAGAAGAGAACUGUCGACCCUUUCACCCGGAAAGACGAGUACUCUGUGAAGGCUCCCUCGACCUUCCAGACCAGAGAUGUUGGAAAGACUCUGGUGAACCGUACCAGUGGUCUGAAGAACGCGAACGAUUCCCUGAAGGGCCGUAUCUUCGAAGUCUCCCUUGCCGACUUGCAGAACGACGAGGACCAUGCCUUCCGUAAGGUCAAGCUCCGCGUGGACGAAAUCCAGGGAAAGAACUGCCUGACCAACUUCCACGGUCUGGAUUUCACGACCGACAAGCUGCGAUCCCUUGUGCGCAAGUGGCAGUCGCUGAUUGAAGCCAACGUCACUGUGAAGACGACCGAUGACUAUCUUCUCCGUCUGUUCGCCAUCGCCUUCACGAAGAGACGCCCCAACCAAAUCAAGAAGACUACAUAUGCUCGCUCGUCCCAAAUCCGCGCUAUUCGCAAGAAGAUGACCGAGAUCAUGCAGCGCGAGGCCGCUAGCUGCUCUCUCGCUCAGCUUACUACCAAGUUGAUCCCCGAAGUCAUCGGUCGUGAGAUUGAGAAGGCUACCCAGGGAAUUUACCCCCUGCAGAACGUCCACAUUCGCAAGGUCAAGCUUCUUAAGUCCCCCAAGUUCGACCUCGGUGCCCUCCUUAACUUGCACGGCGAGUCUACAACCGAUGAUAAGGGACACAAGGUUGAGAGAGAGUUCAAGGAACAGGUUCUUGAGAGCGUGUAAGCUUUAGCUAUCCGCUGGUCAUGGAUUCUGGUUGCUCUGCCGUCUUGGGUUCACGGUGCCACUGCUCCAAUAUAUGCAAGUUCUUCACAACGCCUUUGAGCUUUUAACUAGGCCUCGUCGUUGGGACGGUUACAUAUUAUUCUUGCGUGAAGCAGAAGGGUAGAUAUCUUAUAUGGUUUGUUCAAUAGCUGGCUGAUAGUUAUCCCUCCUGGUCGUUGACAAAUUGUAGGUAACGUGAAAUCAAGAUACAUGUGGUUAGCGGCUUCUUCUCGCUGUAGGACUUGUGCGUUCACUAUAGGAUAACCUUGUACUUAUCAUAUUAUAGGCCCCACCUCUGCCUUUUCGUAGAGCGUAUUACAUGUAUAUCACACGAGCGUUGGUGCAGAGCAUGUGAAAGGUCGGCCCAGGCUUGGAGAAAAUGAAGCUGUGCAGUAAGGUGUUAGCACUCCGAUGUCAUACAGUUAUCGCUAUUUAACGCAGCUUAUAUACCUGGG